AUGUCAGCGGUGGCAUCACUAGCAGUCGAUGCAGAACCGAAGCGAGUCGGGGGAGAAGGCAGAGAGGGCGGAUGGUGGCAGAGGAGGGCGAAAGAACAGGCGAGUUGGGGGGAAGAGGAAGAGGAAGAAGUUGAGUCGAGCAGCGAAGAAGCGGAAGAGGAGAAUGGAUGGUUUGGGUUUCACCUAAAGAGGGUCGGUGACAAUGCUGGCCUCGACUCCAUCUCCCCUCGCUGCGCUGCAUACACCCUUCUAUUCCACUCUUCUAAUUUACAGUUAUUUUAUUUGAUCAUUUUAUUUUCUGUUAAACUACAAUUUGAUCUUUUAAGAAUUCGUCGUGGUGCCUUUCGUGGUCGAUCCACCGGCUGGGUUCUCCCGUCGCAUUUGCGCCGUCAUUUCCUGGUCGCAUUUGACCCGGAUCGCAUUCCUCCCCCGGUGCUCUCGAAGGUCUACUUUGAUAGUCAUGGGAGUCGAUUGAUUGCGACUGCGUUCCGGGAGUCUAUUCAUGCCCAGGCUGGGCCAGCGCGGUGGACGACAAUGCGAUCCACACGGCUUGAGAUGGCAGUCUGGCGCAAAUGA